GCUGCGUUUCCAGUCGGAUGACUUUGGAAGGAGUACCAGGUCAGCUCAUGCAGUGCUGCAGAGAAGCAGCUCUGUUCUACUGUCUGCUGGUUUAAAUCAUGUUAGGAUUCAUAGUGUGUGUGUCCGGACAGGUAGCUCUGUGCACGGGGGUGUUGUCGCUAGCUUUAGCCAAGCUCACGAGCACGGGCUGUGUUGUUUGCUAACAUUAGCCCACGCUUGUUUCCCAUGUAAACAGACCGGUGAGCAGCAGCACGCUCCUUCCUCCUCUGCUCUCAAGGACGUGUGUUGUGCAUCAGCUGACUUCAGGUUUUCUGUGCAUUUACUCUAUGGCUUCCCAGGGAGUCGCUCACAGGCGGUGCAGGUGGUGAAUGACGCAGCCUUCCGCACGAGUCAUGACGGACUUCUUGAGGACGGCGCACCGCCUCUUUCUGAAGCUCGCCCUGUUCCCGAGCUCUCUCUGCAGGACGGGCCCGCGGCCGAGCGCCUCCGAGGUGCUGACCUGCCACCUGCUGCAGCGCCGCCUCCCGCCGUGGACCUCGUUCUGUGUCCGCUACAGCUCGGUCCACAACGACCAGUUCGGUCUGUCCAACUUCAACUGGCCAGUGCAGGGGUCCAACUACCAGAUCCUGAGGACAGGCUGCUUCCCCUUCAUCAAGUAUCACUGCAGCAAAGCACCUGCACAGAACCUGGACUUUGAGGACAGGUUUUUCACCGCGCUGAAAGUGAUUAAUCUGGGGAUCCCUUGUUUGGCCUAUGGCAUCGGCUGCUGGAUGGUAGUGGGAGCUUCAGAAACAGUGCAGACCAGUGUCGGACCUGUCACAGUCUAUUUCGCCUACAAAGAAGACGAAGGCUCACAAUAUUAAACCGAGAACUUUUUUUUUUUGAAUCGUGAGAUCAUAUGUUAUAUAUUUAGUUGCUGUAUUUACAGCAUUUCCUCAGGUGGUGUUUUCGGGCAUCCGCUGUCACAAGUCUUCUCAUUGUGUGAGAGCACAGGUUCAGUUGUGUUUUAAUUAUUAAAGAUUUAAGGUUGUAAAGGA